GCAUACACCUGCACCCACACAAUCGCACCAGCAUAACACACAUACGCUUACGCUUAUCUUAAUUUAGCCAAAAGCGAAUAUAAAACAAUCGAAACCAGCUUUUUUGGGAACCAUAUUCUUGUAUUGGUGCGCUACAAAUAAAAGGCCACGCGAUGAUAAGCUUUUUGUACAUUGUAAACCGCGCGCUCAGCAGCACGAGCAUCGGCUCCAGUCCCGGUAUAACACAAUCCCUUCUGACCAGCAAGAUGAGCGCCCCAGGACCACGCCCACUCGUCCUUUGCGGACCGUCCGGUUCCGGGAAGAGCACGCUCCUGAAACGCCUGUUCGCCGAGUUCCCCAACACGUUUGGUUUUAGCAUUUCGCACACGACCCGAAAACCACGCGAGGGCGAGGAGCACGGUGUCCACUACUACUUCGUGGAGCGGCCGGAAAUGGAGGCAGCCAUCGCUGGAGAUGAGUUCAUUGAGACGGCAGAGUUUACGGGCAAUCUGUACGGCACCAGCAAGGCAGCCGUGCGAGAAAUCCAGGCCAAGGGCAGGGUCUGCAUUCUCGACAUCGAACAGAAGGGUGUGGAACAGAUCCGCCGCACCGACCUCAACCCCAUUCUGAUCUUCAAUAAUCCGCCCACCAUCAAGGAGCUGGAGCGACGGCUGCGACUUCGUGGCUCCGAAACCGAGGAGACUCUGAACAAGCGCCUGAACGCCGCUCAGGUGGAGAUCGAUUAUGGACUAACGCCCGGUAACUUCCACAAGAUCAUCAACAAUGUGGACAUAGAUGUGGCCUACCAGGAGUUCCGUGACUUUGUGGUCCAGGAGCUGAAGAAGCAGGAAAGUGCGGGAGUGACAAUCGCACUGGAUUAGUGGUGUUAUCCGUAACGGGGUGGCUAUGAUUUUAAACCUCAG